AUAUAUUAUAGAAUUGUUAAUCUAGAUUAAAAAAUCAACUUUCUGUACUUAUUUUUUUUCAAAGACCAUAUAACCCGGUCUAUAUACGAUUAAUGAAUUUUAACAUAUACAUAUAAGUGUAUAUAUAUUUGAGGAAAUUACACCGAUGUAUUAUUGCACCAUCUAACUUUAUAGAUAUAGAAUUAAAAUCGUAGAGAGUUAAAGUUCAUAUUGUAAUUUGAGGUCCAUGGCUCCAUUACUUCAUACACAGCACACAGCUUCGUAUACAGUAUAUAAUACACACAAAAAUAACUUGUGAAAUAGCAACGUUGAUUCGAAGAGAAAUAAUAUUCUUUGAAUAUUUUUUUCUAUUAUUAUCUUUCUCUAAUAAAGACAUGGACGAAGAAGAAUUGAUAAAUGAGAUUGCUAAAUUACGUGAGCUUUUACAUGAAAAAGAAUCUGCGUUAGCUAAUAUAAGGCGCGCGAAACAAAUUCCACGUGACCACGGUUUGAAUAACGAUGAAAUUAGCAGAUAUAGCAGACAGAUUUUUUUGCCAGAAAUUGGUGUAACAGGACAAAAAAAAAUAAAGGAAUCUUCAGUACUUAUCGUGGGAGUAGGUGGAUUAGGUUGUCCUUCCGCAUUGUACUUAACUUGCAGUGGUAUUGGACGUAUUGGACUUGUUGAUUAUGAUAAUAUUGAAAUUAAUAAUUUACACAGACAGGUCUUAUUCACGGAAGGAACUAUUGGAAUGCCUAAAGUAACUGUAGCUGCAGAAUUUCUCAACAAGUUAAAUAGUUAUACCGAAGUCACUCCUUAUAAACUUCAGUUGGACAGUAGCAAUGCUUUAAAAAUUAUAGAAUUGUAUGAUAUUGUAUUGGAUGCAACUGACAAUGUAGCAACGCGUUAUUUAUUAAACGAUGCGUGUGUCUUAAGUAACAAACCUUUGAUCUCUGGAUCAGCAUUGCGUUUUGAAGGACAUUUGUCUGUAUUUAAUUACAAAGGUCCUUGUUACCGAUGUAUCUUUCCUAAACCACCAUCUCCUGAAACAGUAACUAAUUGUGGUGACGGUGGUGUACUUGGAGCAGCCGUUGGAACAAUUGGUGUUUUGCAAGCAGUGGAAGCUAUUAAAGUAAUCCUUGAUAUGCCUGAAACACUUUCGGGCCGCUUGUUAGUAUUUGAUGGAAUCGAAACGCGAUUUCGUAAUAUCAAUUUACGUACCAGGAAUCAAGAAUGUGCUAUUUGUGGAAAAAAUCCAAUUAUAAAAGAAUUAAUUGAUUAUGAACAGUUUUGUGGUGCAAAAGCAAAUGAUAAAAAUCCUAAUUUAAAUCUACUCAAAAAUGAAGACAGAAUUACAGUUGAAACAUAUCAUCACAUAACAAAAUUUAACACAGAAGAUCACUUAUUAAUUGAUGUGCGUUCACCCGAAGAAUUUCAAAUUUGUCGUUUGAGAAAUUCUAUAAAUAUUCCAUUGUAUGAGAUUUACAAGGAUAAUGCUACUAAGCAAAUAAAAAGUGAAAUAGACAAACAGGACAAUGGAAAAACAAUAUCAAAAGUUUAUGUUUUAUGUAGAAGAGGAAAUGAUUCACAGAAAGCAGUAAAACAUCUUCAACAGAUAUUUAAAGAUAGUAAAUUAAAUAUAAAAGACAUCAUUGGAGGAAUUCAUGCCUGGAGUAAUAAAAUUGAUUCAACAUUUCCUAUUUAUUGA